CCAAAAAAGAAAAAUGUCAAAAAUCAUUAGCCAAUCAACAUCAACAUCUCACACAUUUUCCUCUUCUUCCAAGACUACUAGUAACCCUUUAAUCAACAAAUUUAAUAUUUACCACUCUUCAACUUUACUUUUUUGUUUCCUUUUUAUCUUCACAUUUUCAAUCUCUUCUACCCAAGCAUAUCCUGCCUUUUAUAUGCAGGCAAUCCCCCGAAAAUCACAAUUUAAUAUGGAAGCUCCUUUAUUGCACCAUGCUGCCCAGAAGAGAGCUUUUGAUCGGUUGGAUGUUUCUCCAUUCGAUUUUGAUGCUAUGACUAAACGAUUUAAUGAUGAUGAACUUUCAUCAUUGCCGUUCAAUUUUGAAUAUUUUCCAUCAUUGGAUACACACAAACGAGCUUUUGACCGACUUGAAGAUAGUGGAUUUUUUGGUCUAAGGAAGAGAGCAUUCGACCGACUUGAUAAUUCAUUUAUGCUUUUAAAGAAAUCUUCAGCUUGAAAAAGAAAUUUUUUUAAAUUUACAAUUUAGUUUUUAGUAACUGGAAAAAUUUUUUGUAAAGAAACACAUAUUAUUUUAGUUUCCCAAAUUAAAUUAUAGUCGAAUCUCGCUAUAAAAUACGUCAUUGGGGUACCCUAUCCAAUGGUCAACUUAAUCUUUUUAAGAGAAUAAAAUAUAAUCUCGAUAACCAAGAUUUUUUUCGAGAUCUUGUCUCCUUCCGAAUCUCCCUAGGGUGUAUCU